CGCCUCUUUGGUCGUCUCUUCAUUUGCGUUCAAACUUCUGAAUCGCCUCCGAAUUAUCAAGACAUACACACAAAAUGUCAGAGACUUCAAAGGAAUCAACCUCGCCGAAGGCAGCCACUGUUUCGUCACCGCCAGCCGAGGCUACCCCUGCACCUGCGGAGGAGACUUCUACUGAGCAAACCACUGCACAGAACCCCGCCGAACCUGCUCAAGAUUUCCAUAAUCCUGAUCAUUGGGUCACCUUGAACGAGGGCGAUGCGCCAGGAGACGACGAUGCUGAUUCAGCGGUCGGAGAUGAUGCUGCCAGCUCAACUGAGUCGAUUUCUUCGAGCAUCCUUCAUUACCGCACCAUUCACGGGAGGACGUAUCACUCUGAGCGAGGAAAUGCCGAGUAUUGGACACCGAAUGAUGAGCACCAUAACGAAUCUAUGGAUAUUAAUCACCACCUCCUGUCUCUCUCGCUAGACGGGAAACUCCAUCUAGCCCCUCUGAAGGAUGAUAUUCAGAAAGUCCUAGAUGUUGGAACGGGAACUGGUAUUUGGGCCAUCGAUUUCGCGGAUGAGUACCCCAAUGCAGAAGUUGUUGGAACGGAUAUCUCGCCCAUCCAACCUGACUGGGUUCCACCCAAUCUGAAGUUUGAAAUCGAAGACUGUACUCAAGAGUGGACUUUCAAUCCCAACUCGUUUGAUUACGUGCAUAUGCGCUAUCUUUAUGGAAGUAUCAGCGACUGGUCUGCCCUGUUCAAAGAGGCAUUUCGCGUUUGCAAGCCUGGCGGCUGGGUUGAGAGCUAUGAAGCCUCUCCUAGAAUGGAAAGCGACGAUGGCACUGUGAACGAAACCUGUGCUAUCAACGAAUGGGGAAAGUUCUUCAUUGAAGGCGGGAAAAAGCUAAACCGCACUUUUGAGAUCAUCGAUAAGGAUCUGCAGCAGAAGGGGAUGGAGGAAGCAGGCUUUGUUGACGUGAAAGUCUGGGACUUUAAGGCACCUAUUGGAGGUUGGCCCCAGGACCCUCGACUCAAGCAAAUUGGACAGUUUGCUCAGGCUGCGCUUGAACAGGACUACGAGGGCUAUGUUCUUUACAUGGCUAAUAUGGUUCUUGGGUGGACUAAGGAAGAAGUUUCUGUGUACUGCGCUCAAUUGCGACGCGAGAUCCGUUCUGGAAAGUUUCAUCCUUUCUAUCGCCAGCGGGUUGUUUAUGCAAGGAAGCCUGAAUAAAUACCAUAUCGCAGUAUGGGACAAUUUUUGAUGUCAGAAGGACGCAUGGAAUCAAUUGGGAACUUGAGAAUUACAUUGAAGACUGCACUCGACAGUGCGUAGAAACAUCGCGACAUCAAAUCACAUCAUGAUGCAACGACUUUCACAUGCGCAAGCUGCAAUCCAACUCACAAGCUUUCUUAAACUCCAUCAACCUCGGGAUCUGUGACAGUCUUGGCUUGCGUGUUCUUAUAAUUGAAGCAACCGAUAUUCGUGGCCAGAUUAAGUCGCGAGCUUGAUCAUAUGACUUGGCGUUGUCAACUGCUUCGGCCAACCCUAUAGCGCUUGGUUUUUUUAAUUAGUUACAGUGGACCUCCAUUUUUUUGUCGUGUUG